AUACCGUGCCGCCCCAUGAGUGAUCCUACCAGAGAAGAAGACGCAGCAGGAAGUAGCAGCAGCAGCAGCAGUAGUGUUGUUGACAUCACCCUCGUCUCUGUCAUCAUGGCUUUCCUCUGCAGAAGUGCCGCGGUGCUGCUGAAGCCCUGCAGCCGAGCUCCGGCCGCCCUGAGCGACCUGUCCGCCUCCCGGCUCUACAGCUCAGGCGGUCAGUUUGAGUAUAUUCUGGUGGAAAAGCGAGGUGACAAGAACAAUGUGGGUUUCAUCCAGCUGAACCGGCCAAAGGCUCUCAACGCUCUGUGUGAUGGGCUGAUGACGGAGGUGGGACGGGCCCUGGACUCUUUUGAAGCUGACGCAGACGUCGGAGCUAUCGUUAUCACCGGCAGUGACCGAGCCUUUGCUGCUGGAGCGGACAUUAAAGAGAUGCAGAAUCGAACCUUCCAGGAAUGUUAUGGUGGAAACUUCCUGGCUCAUUGGAACAGGGUGUCCACAGUGAGGAAACCUGUCAUUGCAGCUGUCAAUGGAUUUGCUCUGGGUGGAGGCUGCGAGCUGGCCAUGAUGUGUGACAUCAUCUACGCCGGAGAGAAGGCGCAGUUCGGCCAACCAGAGAUCCUGUUGGGGACCAUUCCUGGGGCCGGAGGCACCCAGCGCCUGACUCGUGCGGUGGGCAAGUCCCUGGCGAUGGAAAUGGUACUAACAGGAGACAAGAUCAAUGCUCAAGAAGCCAAGCAAUCAGGUUUGGUGAGUAAAGUUUAUCCUGUGGACCAGCUGGUGUCUGAAGCUGUUAAAUGUGGGGAGAAAAUUGCCGCUAACUCCAAACUGGUCUCUGCUAUGGCUAAAGAGGCUGUUAACGCAGCUUUUGAGCUGACUUUGGCUGAGGGGAACCGUUUGGAAAAGCGCUUAUUCCACUCCACCUUUGCUACGGAUGAUCGUAAAGAAGGCAUGACGGCAUUUGUGGAGAAGAGAAAGGCCGAUUUCCAGGACAAGUAGAAAAGAUUGGAUGAAUAGCUCAGCCAAGAAGACUCAUAUUACUGGGUUAUUAUCUUUUCCACAACAACUUGAAUGAUGCAAAAAACCUGACUGUAGUGGAACAUGUCCGCUGUAUAAAUUCAGAUUUGACAGUGAUUGAGAGCACAGCAGUGUCUUCAUCGGUACAGUGAAGCUGCUGCUGAGGCUCAGUAUAAAUCAGAUGCAGUUGAGGUACAGGUGGGUGCAGUGGGUGUGUAUGUGAACACUAUAUGAAAACCGUGUUACAGUCAGUGUCUCAUAGGAGGAAUCUGCUGAUGACUUGUACUGACUUUGCCUUUUUCAUUUUUUCAAAUGUUUGUCUACAUUUUGUAGGCUGCUGUUAUCCAUAUGCACAUUUUACGAAUAAAACUCUAGAUUGGUUUUCA